AUGUCUCUUCCGCCUAAGAACUCCUCUUUGUUUCAAGAGGAAAAAACAGAGAGAUUGAAAAACAAAGAACCUCUCAUUAGGUUUAAGAAGAUCAUGGAAAUGGUGAAAGCCGUUGAGCAAGACCAAAAAAGCUACAAGUCAAGAUUGUUAGUUAUCGAGAACACGAAGGAGAAUGACUCAUCGCCUUCGCGACACGUCAAGAGAUGGAACUCAGAUACCUCCUUGAGAAUCGUAGAUCCAGAUAUCGAUGAUGACAAUGUUUUCAAGAAAACCGCGGCCUCGAGCGUCCUGCCAAUGUUACCGUUUAGACCGCCUCUGGCUAAGGACGAGCCGCCUCAACCGCGUGGAGCAACCGAUGAAUCAAAAGAAGAGACAGGCAAGGGAGAUAACAAUUUGUUUGCGAAAUUGCUUCUAGGAGAAGACAUGUCAGGAGGAGGCAAAGGAGUUUCAUCAGCUUUAGCAUUAUCAAACGCAAUAACAAAUCUUUCAGCUUCUGCGUUUGGAGAACAACGGCGUUUAGAGCCAAUGUCCGAGGAUAGAAAAGCACGGUGGAGAAGAGAAAUCAAAUGGCUUCUCUCUGUUACUGAUCAUAUAGUUGAAUUCUCUCCAACACAACAAACUAACAAGAAUGGAUCUUCCAUGGAGGUAAUGACAACGAAACAGAGAUCAGAUCUUGUCACUAACAUCCCCGCACUUAAGGAACUCGAUAUGAUGCUCAUCGAUUGUCUUGAUAAAUUCAAGGAUCAGGAUGAGUUCUAUUACGUCACAACUGAUUCACCGGAAUCUGAAAGCAAUAAAUCUACUAGGAACGACGAUAAAUGGUGGCUUCCGACAGUGAAAGUUCCACCUAAUGGCUUAUCCGAAACAUCGAAAAGGUUUCUACUAAGUCAGAGAGAAUGUGUGGGCCAAGUGCUUAAAUCCGCAAUGGCCAUAAACGCUGAAGUCUUAUCUCAAAUGGAGAUCCCUGAGAGCUACAUUGACUCACUUCCUAAAAAUGGGAGAGCUAGUCUUGGAGACACGAUCUACAAAAUGAUAACAUUAGACAUGUUUGAUGCAGAGCAGUUCCUUCUUGAAAUGGAUUUAACAUCAGAACACAAGAUUCUUGAUCUACAGAACAAAUUCGAAGCUUCGGUUGUGAUAUGGAAGAGAAAGAUAGAGCAGAAAGAAAGAGACAACAAGUCGUCUCCAUGGAGUACGAAUUUGAGUAUGGACAAGAGACAACAGUUAGAAGAAAGAGCAUUAACCAUCUUGCUUCUUAUCAAACAAGGAUUCCCAGGAAUCUCUCAAUCCACACUUGACAUCAGCAAGAUUCAAUUCAACAAAGAUAUAGGGUUAGCUAUAUUGGAGAGUUACUCGAGAGUUGUUGAGAGCUUGGCGCACACGGUAAUGUCAAGAAUUGAAGAUGUUCUUGAAGCUGAUCAGCUAACUCAGGAACCUGAAAUCGCGGUUUGUAAGAGAUAUAUAGUGAAGGAAAUAGAGAGUCCAGAGAAGGAAGAAGAACAAAACUUUUGUCUAUUAGAGGAGAGACCAACAAAACAGAAGCCAUCCGCAAUUUCACUCUCUGAGGUAAUGCAAUGGGGUAUGGAAACUUAUGAACCGCCGAAGAAAGAAAAGAGCGAUGCACCGUUCAAAGAUUCAGGCAAGAAACUGUUGACAAGAGUCUCGAGCAUGAUCAUGGCUAACAACAAGAAGACUACUACAUCUUAUCUUGAAUCUCUUGGAACCGCAAGGAGUCCAACCGCAGGACGAUACUCUUGA